CAGCAGAGUCCCAUGCACGCACACAUGUAAGCAGUCGCUUCCAGCGCAUACAAACAUACAGAGGCACAUGAUACAGAGUCAUACAUCAAUGUCAUGUGCCUGGAUGACAAUCCCAUUGGCCACGUGGCCUUCAGGUGGUCGACACGAACCACCUGACAGCUGCGUAGCCAAUAGCAUCGGAACCCACACACCUGGCGCCGCACAGCAGCAACACACCAUCCAAGACAGGUCUUCACAACACCGCGCCACCCACAAUUCAGAGCAUUUCAACAUGUGGACAAUUGGAUGCCACUGAGCAAGUAAGUCAAGGCACACGCACUCUCAAACACACACAUACGGAGGGGGGGGCUGUCUUCCGUGCCUGUCGCAUCACAUCCAUCCAAAGUAUGUUGGACGGCCUCCCAACCGAUUAGAUUACUCACAUAAGCACACAUCGUGUGUAUGAGACACGCCUCUGUCGGCAUGUUGGUCGGUCUGUCUGUCUGUCUAUCUGUGUGCACAUAUAUUGAUUAUGCAAGCUGUCUAUCGCUGACGAUGCCGUGCUGCUUGAGGAUCGUCUGGCUGACUCGCUGCACCACCUCCUUCUGCAAAACCAGCUCCUGCUCACCAUCCAUCUCAAAGAUGAAGAAGCCCUCCGUGCCACUGCUGCCGCUGGUGCUGCUGCUGCUGCCCCCCUCAGCAGCACCUCCCCCAGCAGCCCCAGGAUUGGCUGCAUUAUCACAAGCCAGCCCCCGUUGGCUGACAGGCAGGUCGUCUCUGUCCUCGAGCAUGGUGACGAGGUGUUGGAGGUUCUUGACCUUGAUCCCGUUCACCUUGUGGACCCUAGUGUGCUUGAGCUCGUAGCCCGAUGUGAUGUCGGAGGCCAGGAUCUGGCUGACGAUGACCACCUCCUCCCCCUCCUCCUUCUUGAAGUACUCCUGCAGCAGCUGGAGCAAAGCCGUCGGUGCGUUAGACAUGUACUUGCGCUGCCCGAACUCCUCGCGCAAAUAAUCCAGCGUCAAAGGGGUGAACACCAAACCACCUGAAGGGAAGGGACAAACAAACAAGUAUCUGCACAUACAUGAAUUGGAUGAGGCGGUGCUCUGUGCCAUGUGUGCGUGUGUUGGCUGGGGUGAGCUGACUGACCGUAUAUGAAGUAUCUGGGCGUCUUGUCCCACUGGUGCUCAGGAAUGAGUGAGUUGGAGGGGACCAGCGGGACAGAGAUGUUGAGGACCCUGCCGUCCCGCAGGAUCGUCAGCUCCACCUCCUCAUCAGGGAACUUGUCCAGCAGCGCAUACGACAGGCCCACCCGCUCCAUGUUCCGAAACACUAUGGUGCCUGCAGAAAGCAGCCAAGACAGGAAGGAACAGAGAAAGGACACAUGAUGCCAACGAGCCCCUUCGCUCAUGCCUUGCAUCUCUCUCUCUCCCACCCAGCUGACUGACCGUCGUCGGCCACGUCGUUGCCCGCAAUGGCCAUGAUGACGUCCCGUUUCUUGAGAACAGUGCUGGUGCUGUUUGUGGUGCUGUCGCUGUCGACCUUGCCCUUCCUGGAGGGGUCCACCUGGCACACCACGAUGCCCGUCGCCGACACACCAGCAGGCAGGUCCUCCACCCUCACAUCCGUCAUGCCCAAAUACUUGCGGAAGGAUGGGUUCUCGAGCGUUUGGUAGAUGAUGCCCAGCGUCACAAAUCCUGCACACACACAGCAGCACAGCAGAGGGGAUCAUGAUAUACACACGUGUGGGGACAGACAGCUACUCUGUUGGUGACGUGUCUGUGUCGGUCGGUGUCUGACCAGUGUAUUUGUGGUGCUGCUCGAGGUCUUUCAAGAACCGAUUCACCACCACUGUCGGGAUAAUGUAGCCUGCACACGCCAAACCGACACAUGACAACCACACCACAGUGCUCAUUCCACGUGUUCGUCCCGCCCCGCCUGGGCUGCUCGACUGCCUGGCACACCGCCCCGCACCCACUGACCCACCGAUGCUCUGCGCCUCGUCAUAUCCCUGGAAAGCCACGCCCACCACCUUGCCAUCCUUGUUGACCGCCGGGCCCCCCGAGUUGCCCGCAUUGAUGGCCGCAUCAAUCUGGGUGCACAGCAGCCUGAAGUUGCCGUGCGUGUAGCUCAGGAUGUCGUUCCUGGACACAACGCCAGCCGUGAUACACAGGGAGUCGCCGCCCAUCGGGUACCCCACAACCACCAAAGGGUCCUGCAGCAUCGGAGUCUCGCCGAAGGUCAGUGGGUUGACGUCCUUCCCUGCAUGUUCGCACAGCAUACAUGGAGGCAGGCAGGCAGACAGGUGGGACGUGGGUACGGUGCAGACGUGUGCGUAUCGCAUGUGGGUGGUGUUGGUGUGUGUGCGUAUGUACAGAAUUCCUCGUCGUCGACUGUCACGACGGCCAGAUCGCAUUCGUGACCCGAGGCAAUGAGGCGUGCCGGGUACUUCUUGGCGUCCCCAUGCUUCCUUAUCAAUAUCCGAUUCUGCACGCACACGUGUAAACCAACCAUACCCACCCACACUCAGACGCACACACCGGCACCGCACACGUCUGUUUCCCUACCUACCUGGUUAGCCACCACGUGCGCAUUGGUGAUGAUGCGCCGAUCCUCAAUGAUAAAACCUGACAACCAACAACCAUCCAAUCCAAUACCAAAUCAAUCGGCCCCUUGUCUGAUGUCUGGUGUCAGAUCAGUCACCUGAUCCGGUGGUUUUGGUUUGCCUCCUCAUUUGCCAUGGCAUGGCGAAACUCGGGUCGGUGUAGUCGACAAACACCUUGACCACCGAGGGAAAGAUCGCAUUGAAGCCGCCCUCUGCGGAGACGAGAGGCUGUGGGUGGGGCUGUGCAUGUGGCGGCACGUCUGGCCGGAGGACCUCAUCCUGCUCACUCUCCUCCCGCGGCUCGAUGCCCACACGGAUGUCGCCUCCAGCCGCAUGAAGCGCACUCAGCGACAUACAUCGUGCUGCCGAGGGCCGCCAAUGCAUGCUACCGCCGCUGCAGCCGCCGUGGCUCCUGCAUGACCGCAGAAGGGAGGAUGCGAGCGUGGUGGCCGCUGACGGGUGCUGCUGCCUCAAAGAAUGGGACGUGUGCCUGCGUGCGGUGUGCUGCGCCCUCCGGUUGGCCGUGAAUGCCAUGACGGCCGGCGAGGGAAGGAAGCCGCUGUUAGCCGCCGCGAUGUUCUUGUGCCGUCGUGCAUGUUGGUGCAGCGCCGAUGCGCCCAUUGCGGCCUGCGCCUUGCGAGCGGAUAUCCCGCUGCCACUCAUCAGCAUGAUGAAAGCUGAGAAGAAGGCGGGCCAGAUCUGCGAUGAGAACCACCGUCGUGCUUUUCCCUUGGGCAUCCUCC